CGCGCAUGCGAGUUGCUCUUGGCAGGCAGCUGGCUCCUUUUCGCCAUGAGCGCCGAAGAGGAGCAGAAGCGGCGCCUCAUCCGCGAGCGGAUUCGCGACUUCCCGGACUUCCCGUCGCCCGGGGUCAUUUUCCGGGACAUCAGCCCCAUCUUGAAGGACCCCCUCGUCUUCAGAGCCGCCAUCGACCUGCUGGAAUCCCAUAUUAGGGCCUCCCACCAGCACAUCGACUACAUUGCAGGCCUUGAUUCCCGCGGCUUCCUCUUUGGGCCAGUUUUGGCCCAGAGGCUGGGAGUUGGAUUUGUGCUCAUCCGCAAGAAAGGGAAGCUCCCGGGAUCCACAGAAUCCAUCUCCUACGCUCUGGAAUAUGGCAAGGCCGAGCUGGAGGUCCAGAAGGACGCAGUGAAGCCAGGACAGAAGGUCAUCAUAGUGGACGACUUGCUUGCAACAGGAGGUACCAUGCGAGCCGCCUGCGAGCUGAUGACGAAGCUCCAGGCUGACAUCUUGGAUUGCCUGGUCCUCAUAGAGCUCACCUUCCUCAAAGGCACAGAGGCGCUCAAGCCCUUCCCUCUCUACUCUCUAGUGCAAUACAACUGAUGUCCUGAGAAGCCGUGCCUUCUGGUAGUUCUCCCUGCAACCCAAUCUCUAGUCCAAUCUCUAGUUCGGCUUGUCUUACCCCUGCCCCCCUCAGUAAUUGGCCCUGGGCUCCAACUGGAGGCACCCAGCUUUUGCUGCACAACUGGACUUUGAAAGAGUCUUUGGGUCAAGGGCCAAGGGAGUCUUGGACUUUACCAGAGUGGCGGGGCCUUGCCACUUCCUUGCAGGUUGGUCAGACUUGAGCAAUCAGGAAUGUGCCAUGCAGUGCUUGUACAGUUAAACAACACGCCAGGCAUUUUAAACACACUUUGAAAGCUGAGUCAUUGGCAGCCAAAGAGCUUUUGCAAUGGAACCCUGCUGUGCCAGGGUUAUAGCCAGGGCACACAUGGAUCUGCCCCCCAAAACUACCACGCAGACUGUUUCUUCCCUCCUCUCCCAGGAGCUAAACAGAGCAAAGGAAAUAGGCUGGGCAAACCACCCCCAGGCAGCCAGUUUGCGGGGUCUUAAGCAACCCAGCCACAGAACCAUUUCAGUUUAUCUUCGCUCUAAGCCCUUGCAACAGGCUUGGUCUUGUGCAUGUUCCUGGCAGCUCCGUUUUGAUAGACCAGCUAGCGUAGAGGCUAAACGUGUCUGUGCACAUGGUCUGGAUUACUUUGUAGGCAGGCUCCCCUGCAGGGAUAGAGUUACGCUGUGACUGGAGGGUUCCCCAUCCUGCUACCCUAGAAGUCACCUCAAUGAGCAAACACUUCUGAUGGCAUAAAAGAUGUAGUAACAAUUUGCUAUUAAAUACACGGUGCUCUUUUA